ACAUGCACAAUGAACAAAACUUAGGCACUUGAGUUAGGACACGUAGUGCACGAUCUGUCCCUCUCACGCCCCAUGACGUGAAUCAGCUUGAAGUAGCUUGUGCUUGAAAACUUGAAGUAAAACAGAUUUUUGUGGUAUUUGUCUUUAAAAGUUUCCAGUCGAAGUGCAGAACAAUCGCCAAAAUCUGAAAAUGAUGAAGAAGAGCGUUUCACUCCUGCUUGAUUUUGCGAUCAUACUUUUAAUAGGCCUAACAUCCUCAGCGGAUGUGAUGGAUGAAGGAGAAGGUGCAGGAGGCGAUGCCGUACCUCCAAAAAACUCAUUUCCAGAUUUGCCAGAGUUUAAAGAGGGUGUUACAGUCACUGUCUUGGAUCGGGUGGGUGAAUGCCCCCGAAUGGCUUUCCCAGGUGACUGGUUAGAGCUGGAGUUUGUAGCCAAACAGAUGAGUGAUGAUGGAGAAACUUACGAGGAAUUUGAUUCUAGCUAUUCAAAAGAGAGACCAUUAUUCUUGGCAGUUAGCGACAAUGAGAAGCUCCCAGGUCUAACUGAGGGCUUGAGAAAUGUCUGUGUUGGUGAGAAACGACAGAUCAUAAUUCAGGCCGAGUCACCACUGAUGCAAGUAGAUCCCAAAUCUGCAGGACUUGAACAGCCCAAGACGGAUAGACCAGCAGUGUAUGAAGUAAAGGUACGAUCUAUUCUGGAUCAAGAACCAGUCAAUCUUUUCACCAAGAUGGAUUUGGAUAACAACAAUCAGUUGUCCAGAGAGGAGCUGAAGAGUUUCUUUGCCAAGCAAGCCCCAGAGGGAAUGACAGAGGAUGACAUGCACCAAGUGAUCGAGGGACUCAUGCGGAUGCAUGACCUUGACACCAAUGACCACCUCUCAGAGGCAGAAUUUCCUACACCCCACCAGCACACUGAAUUGUGAGACUGCCCUUAAAUGGUUUUUUUUUUUUUACCUUUUGAUGAAAUUCCAGCCAUACAAUAAAUCUUAGCUGGCAAUCCUUUACAGCGACACAAAUGCACAUGAACCCUUCCCUCCUUUGUUGUGACAUAUUUGUGGUUUUCCUUCAGGCUGUAAAACAGUCACCAGAAUAACCUUACCUCUCGACUAGCCAGACUAACAAUUAAGUGUAUGAUAAUGUUGAGUUCUAAAAAAGCUUAGAGCUCACAAAACGGCAUGUUUCCUCUUGAAGAAGAGACUAAUAUGGACCUAUCCUAAAGCUCACUUGAUAUUUGUUGGUCCAUGUUCACUGCAUAUCUAUAUAUAUUUUUGCAACUGUCUUGUCUCUGCAAGAACAGGUCAAAUUCUAUCUACAUGUAUAGAUUUGGGCUAUUCUGCUUCCUUUUCACUCACUAACAGGGGUUCUGCCUAACAAUGCUGAACAAGGGGCAUUGUUAACUGCUAAAAGAGGAGUGGGGAUGUGAUGGGCAUGACAUCUCUCAUUAUGUUUUAAGUCGGCAAACUCAUUCUGGAAAAUUCAGUUAACUGUUGCCAAGUAAUUCCACAUUGUAUCCUGGGUUCUGCCUGUUGUCCCAAGCUGUCAGCAUUGAACAUUGCCCCCAUGUGUCAAAUGAUGAUAUCCAGUACUUUUUGUGCCACCUAUCUUUUUUGAAAAUCACUAGUGCUCAGAUAAGCAACAAACAGAUGGAGAACAGUAGCAGGAGAAAAAAAAAACUGGAUCCAUAGGUAAUUUAGUGGCAAAUCCCCCUUUGAAUUGGCCCAGCAAUACUCCUAUUACCAUGUCUCCAACUAACAUUGUUCUGUGCUUGGCAUUCUUGGAUAGUUUUCUUCCUCUUGCUGUCCAUCUAUCGUUUCCAUUCUGUCCUGUGUGUCCUUUCCUUCUUCCUGCUGUGCAACUGUCCAGGUCAAAGAUGGAAAUGUAUUCAAGCCUACAGAUGGACAUUGAAAAACAAAGUCAGCUGUGGAGUACUUUUCUACUGUAAAACUUUUUAAAGUAAAUACACUGUAAUGCAGUCUUGCUUUCAAAGGAUAACUGCUAACGCGAAGUGCAUAUUCAGGGUCUAAUUUCAGUACUUCUUCUAAAAUAAAUGGUGUAAUCAGAUUCAUUGAUUUUAGAUGUACAGUUGAUUCUCAUUAUUUAAGAUAGUUAGAGGGACCAUGUGAAUUACUAUUUUAUUAAACCAGAACUUCGUCAUUAGAGGAGAUGAAAAAAAGAAAAACAAAAAUUCAAGAAAGUGGAAUUCUCAAAAUCUGUUCAUUUUGUUAUAACCGUGUUCUUUAUAAAGAGAGUCAACUGUACAUCAUUAAAUCAUUCCAGUGUUACCAAAAUUGAUAUCGUACAGUCAAGUUGUGUAAGUGCAGUAUUUGCAAUGUUAUUACAUUUUAAGGAGCCUUCCCAGGUGCACCAUUUUCAUGUGGCUGGAUUUGUCUGUAAGAGUAGAUUCGGUCAUAAAAAGGGCUCUUACAUUUUAUUGUCCUAAGUUGGCCAACUUUACCCCAUUGUAUGGGUGACGAAGGAUAUUUUGUUUGGGGAAGAAAGACAAAAACUUACACUUUAGAAAAACUAUCUUGGACAGACAUUGAAGUUCAUUGUUUAUUUAAUUUACUGUUAUGCCUUUUUCAGUGAUUCUAAAUGAAGAACAAUGAAUUUUGUUUUAAUUUGUGGAAAUGUCUGAAACAAGUAGACAAUAUUACUCAAUUGAUGGGUUUUCUUUAUCUGUUGUCAGAUAAUGGCUUAUUUGAUCUAAACUGCAAUUGGAAUUUUGUACAUGUAUUUCUGUAAUUCCAUUGCAAAAUUUUUGUUUAAACGAAUGAAUUGGAUUCAGGACAUUCCAAAGCAUUGUCAUUCCUGAUUUCCACCUGGAGCUAUUAAUUAAAGGUGAACUUUACGGUGGUGAACAAAAUUUUUCCAUAUUUUUGUACCAAAGCCAUUUUUCUAUUAAAAAGUGCUAUUUUAAAGAAAUGUGAAAUUAACUUGUUAAACAUUGUGAAAAUGCAUGUGGUUAUAUUGGAUUGUUAUUCUUUGUACAAUUUGAGGAGGGUAUGGAAUGGAUCUCUAAAGGGUUUGUCUUACAUUCCUUUCUUUUUUGUCUAAAUUUCGAAGCAGUUCCAUUCUUUUACAUGUACUUAAACUGGAACUGCUGUAUUCUGCUCGCUUUUCUGAAGAAUUUAUGAAUUUGAUGGUGCAUCUGUAUAUUGGUGAUGGUAAAUAUAGUUGAACUAUGUCUUUCAGUAAAUAAGUUUUGCUUAGCUAGUAUUAGAUGUGUAUUUUUUUACCAUUUUCUACAAAGACUGACAAUGUCAAAUGCAUUCUUUAGAAUUAUUUUGUAAGGACCAAAUAAAAUGUUUCAGCUUGAAAUGCAUCCUUUAAAUCAUUUUUAUCAA